GGAAUCAAUUUUUGAAAUCAGGUCAGCUUUACACAUUGUCCAACAUAUACAGCUAAAAGCAAAUUUGAAUUUUGUGACAAAUUGAUAACAGCUAGAAAGUAUUUCCUAAAAUCAGCUCAACUUUACACAUUGUUCAAUGUAUACAGCUAAGCAAAGUUUUAUAAAUAGCAUACUAGAUUAGGUACAUCCACACAAUUACUCGUUGUUGUGUUAAAAUUGUUAUUCUCCAUUUCUGCAUACUUCAGUCAUUCUUUUCUUACUUCAAAGAUGAAUUUUGAUGUUGGAGGUCCAUCAUACUUAUCAUCAUCUUCAUCUUCGGAUGAUGAUAAUUUUCUGUCCAAUAUCAUUGCAGAGAUUGAUGAAACCGAAGAAGUAAUUUGUGAGUACAUCAACAACAACAUGAUCCUCGUUAACAGUUUACAUCAACACAACUACCAACCGAUCCAUGGUGGCUCGAUUCCCGGUCAUGCAGUGAUCAACCGCGAUCGAGAAAAUGCGCAUCAGAAUUUGGUCAUUGAUUACUUUGCCGAUAAUCCACGUUUUGGAGAAGAUAUGUUUCGUCGUCGAUAUCAGAUGUCAAGAAGUUUGUUCCUUCGUAUUGUUGAUGCAGUGAAAGAUCAUGACUAUUACUUCCAACAACGAAGUGAUGGACUUGGUAGAAUGGGAUUAUCACCGUUACAGAAAGUAACAGCUGUUUUUCGCAUGUUGGCAUACGGUCUACCAGCUGAUGUUACGGACGAAUACGUUAAAAUAGGUGAGUCAACAGCAAUUGAAAGUAUGACAAAAUUUUGUCGUGCUAUGGUGGAAAUAUUCGUAGAGCGGUAUCUACGAACACCUAACGCUAACGAUAUUGCUAGGCUACUCUAUAUUGGAAAAAAACGUGGUUUUCCAGGAAUGUUAGGAACUCAAGGUAUUGCUCCUCCCGCUCACUAUGUUAUUCAAGGAAAAGAGUAUAAUAUGGGUUAUUAUUUAGCUGAUGGUAUAUAUCCGAAAUGGGCUACUAUUGUACAAACAAUCCAACAGCCACAAGGUAGGAAGAAAAAAUAUUUUGCCAUGAAACAGGAAGCAUGUAGAAAAGAUGUAGAACGUGCGUUCGGAGUUCUCCAAUCACGAUUUGCAAUCGUGGCAGGAUCAGCACGUUUUUGGAAAAAACAUGUAUUACAUGACAUAAUGACUGCAUGCAUUAUUAUGCACAAUAUGAUAAUCGAGGAUGAACGUGAUCUUUAUGCACCAAUUCAAGAAGUGAGGGAAGCACCAACACCAGAAGUUGAUAUGGUAGCAGAUGAAACUACAAGAUUUACUCAAUUUAUUGCACGUUACGGAAAAAUCAAGGAUAAAGAUGCCCAUAUUGCGCUUCGUAAUGCAUUGAUAGAUCAUCUAUGGGAGGAAUACACUAAUUCAGAUAGUUAAGUGCAUACUAAAUUUGUAAUUUUUAUAUUGUUGUUAAUGUUUAA